AUGAGGAUGAGAGCCAGCAAGCCAGACAUGUUCAGGUGCUCACACAGAUUCCAGAAAUUAGUCUCAGAAGUCCACAGACCCAAAGUGCACAAGCCAAAGGGUCGUUACCAGAAGAGGAAACCUUUUGAUUGUUCAAAGUGUGGAAAGAGAUUCCGUCAGAGUGGCCAUCUUCAACUGCAUCAGAGAAUCCACACAGGGGAGAAACCUUUUGAAUGGUCAGAGUGUGGAAAGAGAUUCGGUCUCAGUGGCACUCUAAAAUGGCAUCAGAGAACCCACACAGGGGAGAAACCUUUUGAAUGCUCAGAGUGUGGAAAGAGAUUCAGUCAAAGUGGCCAUCUUCACCAGCAUCAGAGAACUCACACAGGGGAGAAACCUUUUGAAUGCUCAGAGUGUGGGAAGAGAUUCAGUCAGAGUGUCCAUCUUCAACGGCAUCAGAGAACCCACACAGGGGAGAAACCAUUUGAAUGUUCAGAGUGUGGGAAGAGAUUUGGUCUCAGUGGCACUCUAAAACUACAUCAGAGAACCCACACAGGGGAGAAACCUUUUGAAUGUUCAGAGUGUGGAAAGAGAUUUGGUCUAAGUGGCACUCUAAAACUACAUCAGAGAACCCACACAGGGGAGAAACCUUUUAAAUGCUCAGAGUGUGGGAUGAGAUUCAGUCACGGUAGUGCUCUAAAGCUACAUCAGAGAACCCACACAGGGGAGAAACCUUUUGAAUGCUCAGAGUGUGGAAAGAGAUUCAGCCAUACUAGCCAUCUUCUACAGCAUCAGAGAACCCACACAGGGGAGAAACCUUUUGAAUGCUCAGAGUGUGGGAAGAGAUUUAGUCAGAGUGCCCAUCUUCAACGGCAUCAGAGAGCCCACACAGGGGAAAAACCAUUUGAAUGUUCAGAGUGUGGGAAGAGGUUUGGUCUCAGUGGCACUCUAAAACUACAUCAGAGAACCCACACAGGGGAGAAACCUUUUAAAUGCUCAGAGUGUGGGAUGAGAUUCAGUCACGGUGGUGCUCUAAAACUACAUCAGAGAACCCACACAGGGGAGAAACCUUUUGAAUGCUCAGAGUGUGGAAAGAGAUUCAGUCAUAGUAGCUAUCUUCAACAGCAUCAAAGAACCCACACAGGGGAGAAACCUUUUGAAUGCUCAGAGUGUGGGAAGAGAUUCAGUCUCAGUUGCGAUCUUCAACGGCAUCAGAGAACUCACUCAGGGGAGAAACCUUUCGAAUGCUCAGAGUGUGGAAAGAGAUUCCGUCAGAGUGGCCAUCUUCAACGGCAUCAGAGAAUCCACACAGGGGAGAAACUUUUUGAAUGUUCAGAAUGUGGGCGGAGAUUUGGUCUCAGUGGCAAUCUAAAACUACAUCAGAGAACCCACACAGGGGAGAAACCUUUUGAAUGCUCAGAGUGUGGAAAGAGAUUCAGUAAUAGUCGCCAUCUUCAACUGCAUCAGAGAACCCACACAGGGGAGAAACCUUUUGAAUGCUCAGAGUGUGGAAAGAGAUUCAGACAGAGUGGCCAUCUUCAACGGCAUCAGAGAACCCACACAGGGGAGAAGCCUUUUGAAUGUUCAGAGUGUGGGAAGAGAUUUAGUCACAGUUGUACUCUAAAACUGCAUCAGAGAACCCACACAGGGGAGAAACCUUUUGAAUGUUCACAGUGUGGAAAGAGAUUCAGUCAGAGUGGCACUCUUCAACGGCACCAGAGAACCCACAGAGGGGAGAAACCAUUUGGAUGCUGA